AUGAAUUUUUCAGCGGAUUGUAAGGUUCUACUAACCGGCGCCCAAGACGGCAAGGUCUGUCUUUAUCACACCAAGGACAUUCACGCUGCACAAAAGUGAGCAUUUUUGCGCCGUUCGCAAUUCACGUGCUUCCCCACUUAACCCAUUUUCACAUGCGAGCUUAGUGCUUGGCCUAUUUUGAUCUCUUUCCCUCAACGCCAGCCUCCGACGUAGAAUUCUCGUUCCACUGCUCGGCCGCAUUCGUAUCGCCAUAUAAUGCAGGCGAGGUGUUCGGCACAUCAGUGGGUCCUGACACAUUUUAAGUUCACGCAUUCUUUUUGAGGAAAUUAAUAAACCUAACAUAUUGUAAACCGCUAGGCUGUUGUCGCAGGUUUUGCUCCUACACGCAUCACGGUUCGUGAUAUCGGACUUUAGAGACCUUCCCCACUACUCGGAUGACAGAGGCCGAAGCUAAAGGUUUGGGGAUCGCUUCCAUGCCAUGACGGACUAUGUUUAACUAAGUUUUUACGCUCCCAGGUGGAUAGUGACGUCGGGUCAAGUGUAACAACAAACUAAAUGCGCAUGCCCUCGUCUGACCUCCGCCAAGUUGUCCACAAUAAAUACGCCAUUCACAUCGUGAACGAAAUCGCUGUGCAGAGGACCUAGCAGAAACUUGAGGAUUACGUCUACUUUCGUGUCCCCGGAUCUUAAUACUCGUCUCAUUAUGGUCAACACUUCGGCCAGAUAACUUUUUGCGGUUGUUUCUAGCCGACUGUGUGGUCGUUUUCCGGGGUAGGGCGAGGAAAUUCUCACUGUGACACCCGACUCUGUAUGUUUUGGCAGACUUGUCAGCUGAUCCGGCCAUUGCAGUGCCAUUGCUUAAAUACGCGAUUCCGCACAGUUGCCUCGUGGACUAAAGACAUCAAUCUUGACCAGUUACAAAAGCCUUCACCGACUCGGACUGCAGGACAAGACAGUUUCUGUGUCCAGAGGCUCGACUGCGUACGUUUGUAACUUUACGACGGCAAAGCGUAUUUCACAUGACAUUCUCGAUGCAUGCGUAAGCAAAAUCUCAGAUGCGUGUGAAGGAGAACAUGACCUGACCAACAGGCGUUGCCUGUUUUGGAACCACGUACAGGUCUAUUACCGUGAACCCACUUAUCAGAUCCCAACCUGACUAGGCUACGCAGUCUGGUAGGCCAUGCGACCACCGUUUACAUACCGCUGUAGCAAAUGUUGAUUGCUAUGCUGGAACCGGUGUGGAUGCCGACAAACUGUUUCAAGUCCGCGAAGGCCAUCACCGAGAGCGAAACAAAAGCGGUCAAUGAGAUGAGUGUUUGACGAGUCGUCCGACCCAGACCGGCCUUUUAAAUCAUCAAUAACAAUCAGAAGAUCACGACAAGGUAGUCUUCUAACCAGUUCCUACAGCUGCGAAUAGAGCGUAUCCUUAUCCUGCUUGUAUGCAUAUACUGUUAGAGCGUAGACAAAAAUAGUGGUGAUGUUAGUAAUCUGCUGGACACUGGCUAUUUCUCACGCUUAAUUGGAGCGUGACGAGAAGGCAGCCGCGCGGGUCACCGUGGUAGAGUGAAAGUUGGAUAUGAUUUACAGCAUAUGGAUUUUCCGAGAGCCAGAGUCUGGAGUUCAGGUUUCGUGCAAGCAGCAGGUACAUGGGCUUUUUGAGUGAGCAAUAUACCAGUCGGCCGCUUACGAAGGCUGUUCCGCUGUCUACCACAUGUGUUCGAAUCGGAUGGCUAGUGAGUAGGCCCGUCUUCGUGGAGACAGAUCUCUGCAGCGCGAGAUACCCAAACGACAGAUUAAUCCGAAGCAUACUGGUGUCGGCAGUAGAUGGCGCCAUCGAUUUCACCGUUAGUAAAGGAUCGAAUAGUAGAAAGUUGGCAACUUUGUGCGAAAAAAGUGCCGGACUUGGUAGCGUCAGGAUGCUCCCAUCGAAGCUAUUACGGUAAAUACUGAAUAUCCUACCUAGGUGUUCUUUCCCCUUUGUCCCGAAAGGUGAAUCUGGUAUCUCGCUUGAUAACUUUUCGCAUUUCUUGUUGACACUGCCUACGUCUCUGCGUAUCAGUUCUGCUAGCGUUGCUUUCUUCACACUCGUGUCCUAAGCGCUAGCCAAUAUUUUCCGAAAUUAUUAGAUUAUGGCUUUUUUUCUAGUUUUAGUCCAAGUAAGGAAUGGUAUCCACACUCCUCGAUGCCAAUAUGUAGUUUGUUCACCGCCUCUUUUGACUGGUAAGUUCAUUAAAAUGUCUUUUCGUCCUCUCCCAGAAUUUCUAAAUUAACUAAACUGUCACGAAGCUACCUCAUUUUAGGCUCCUAAUCUACGAUUUACUGGCUCUUGCCUCAGCAAGUUCUGAAAAUUACUUGGCGUGAUUUUUGGCGCCCAGGCUAAAAAUCGCUAGAGGCAAUUUCUGCUUGUUCGGUAUCCGAUUGUUCUCCUGUUGGUUACAACGCCUUUAUUAGGUUUAUAGUGCUUCCCAGGUAUUAUAUCGAAACGGGAUAUCUAUCUGUGCUCCGAUAAGAGGAGACGCCUUCACUAGAACAAGAAUUCUACUCACCUCACGUUUCGACCUCACGACCGAACUAACUCUCGGAUGGCCUCAGAUAAAAUUACUGAUCGCGCCUCCCCCGACUGCCCUCUAGAAGUCGAAUUUCCGCAUGUGUUCUGAUGUCUCUGGCCAUGAAGUCGGCCUAUGCAUGACUCACCCAAUUUCAACACCGGCCAGUUAAGCGAAAAUCAGGAGGAUGUGCUUGUCUGCUUUCAAGUUUACUAUGGUGGCUGUCUGUUUGGCGUAUCGUGCAUACAGUCAGAUAUGGCAUGCUGAGUGUUCACCAAUGAAAGUGUAUUUAUGGUAAAAAAAGAAGGAAAAUAGCGCACACGCUCCUAGUUUUCUUAAUGUUUUUUUAGUAAUUUCAUAGAAGAUAGGUUGGCCGGGAAUUGCAUCGGGUAAUUCUUCGUCUGGAACAUACGCUUACGUAAGUAGUUCAAUUCGAUUAUAUGAGAAAAUUCUUUCAUUAGGGGGGGGGGAGGGGGAAGAUAAAUAUGCGGUUGGGCUUUUAAUGGAAUUUUAGAUUCCAGAAUUUCCAGAUUAGGAGAAGCGAGUCGGUUAGGUGUUAAGUAAUUCGAAAUUAGGGUGGAGUGGCAGAAGAACAAAAUGCCAAAAUUUACGCCCAAAUCAUUAUGCAGCAGCACAGAAUGAGCGUAAGCCAGGGUCCUUGCUUCAGCAUUCGAUACGUCUCCUUUCUGGUAGCUUGGUGGUCGGGGACGCGAACGCGUGCUCGGAAGGCUUUGGCGAUGUCUAUUCGAGGUUCAGAGUCAACAAAGUGCCCCAAGAUGGAUAAUGAGAGGUUCCCGACUACACCGUUUUGUUAGCCAAUGCGUCCGCUUUCCCCUUAUUCUGCCGUAGAGACGGCGCGUCGCAUAACCGUUAUAUCCUACUCCAUCAAACAACGGCGUCCUCCACAUGACCUGCGAAGUGACCGCAGCAUCGCUAGUCGGUUGAAUUGAAAAUAAACCGUUGGAAUACACGGUACUUCUUUCAGAGUAUCAAUCGGCAUCUCCGUCUCGUGUUUCGCUUAUUAGGGACGACUGCUGAAGUGUUCAUUUAUUUCUAACGCCUAGGCAUUUGUAAACAGGACGCUAUGUCCAGGGCGAACAUGAUCUCCAUUUUACGUUGGGUCCUCUACGGAGUCCACGAAAUCAAGGACAUGGCGCCGGCCACUGCGAUAGCACUAGUCGGCGCAUCCAAUGGUCCCCUUGUGAAGUUGGCUGGAUACGGGAAUAAGUACUCCUCGUAUUGCAGGUAGUAUUGCGCCCAAUUCCAAGGAGUACCUAUUCUCGUGCUCUGACUUGAACCCUAGCCCCAAAUCUAACACUCACGCGGCUCCCAAGUGAAGUUGUUUGUGGUGACGCAGUAUUGCACAGCGUCUGUCUCACAAAUCUUACACCCACCGUCUCCUGGCGGCAAGACUGAGCUAGGAUGAGUGCAGAUGCGAUUGAGCGCAAUGGCUGACGUGGUUUGGGGUUCCGUUUAACUCAUGCCACCCGCCUGGUCGGUAGUAGUUAGGAGCUUACGCAGACAGCGCUCCGGAAGCGAAAACCUGUUACGUUCAUGAAUGGCAUCAGUCACCCAUGUUUGUACUGCGUAAUACUAAUCUGCUAAGACCCCAUGUCAGGACUUUGCUUUGAAACAACACCAGUGAUUAUCCCCUUUUUGUCCUCCUCUCAUUUCUGUAUAAGCCACUCCUGCUGCCUCUUUUGCAGCGCCUCGUCGCCGGACGGUUACCUCAUCUCUGGUGCCAGCAAUAACAGGGAACUCAAACUGUGGCGUUAUCACGAUCUGAGCUUGGUGCAGACGAUCACAUUUUUGCCGCCACCAUCUGUGGACGGUGCUGGUGACAGCAGUGAUCUGGAUACUGCUCAGAGGGCAUCUGAUGAUGGCCAACAGUCGGGCCCACUUGCGCAACCCUCACUUAUCGUCAGCUUUGACGACCGAUCCAAAGUCCUACUGGCUAGCGAUGUAAAACGCACAGUAAGUUUGCAAGCGAGUGCACGCCCGCGCUUGUCCACCUUUUAGAUCAAGAAUUGCAAGCCUAAUGACAAGAGAGCAGGGCUUUUUACUUGCCUGUACUUGGUACAACUAAUGUCGUGAAUUGCACCUCUUCGCGCGCGAAGGUCUGCGACAGUAGAUCUACGGAGUUCACGGGACCGCCGUGUAUCAACAAGCUCAACGAAAUCCCCGCUCCAUAUUCCGUGCUGAGGCAUAGUCAGGCCAAAGUAAUUAACCAUUCGAGGAGCGCGCAGGCUGGUGAGCUCGAUGGCUGAGCAGUCAUCACGCCAGCAUCCAACACGGGUGAUGAAGUUUCAGCAAGUAACGACAUGCAUGCCGGCCAUCAAGCAAUUAGCGCACCAGCGGGCAACAGUCCUCGAUGAAAGGAAGAGCGGUUAAUUGGCCUAGGUAUACAGUAGCAUAAAAGACAAGUCAACGAAAACCAGAUCAGGUAAUUUGCGUUAACAGACAACUAUGCGAUCGAUUUCGAUGGCCCUAGACUGAGCCCCACGAACAGACGAGCUUUUCCUGCACCCGAGAGUUUGACCGUCGGUUCCGACGAUGCCCGCUCGACGAGACUCGCCCACACAUUCAAGUUCGAAGAAACCAAAAUACUGCCGAGAGGUGAUAAUCCUAGGAGCCGCCAGGUUCACGGGACCCCGGUCUAUCAACAAGUGCAACGACAUCCCUACUCUAUAUUCGGUGCUGAGGCAUAGUCUACUCAGAGUAAUUAGCGACUAGGAGAGCGCGCAGGCCGGUGAGCUCGAUGGCUGAGCGGUCACCACGCCAGCAUCCAACACUGGUGAUGAAGUUUCAGCAAGUAACGACUUGCAUGCCGGCCAUCAAGCAGUUAGCGCACCAGCGGGCAACAGACCUCAAUUACCGAAAUGAUGUGUGCACUUGGGGUAUCUCCUUCAGAAUGAAGCCUAACAUACUCAGCCCGAAAGUUGGUACGGAUAUUUAAGCUCAAACCUUCCUGCGUCAGCGUAACAGCCACUCAGUAUUCAUAAGUUGGCAGAAGGCAGUCAGUAUUACGGUGACCCAUACGACAUCUGUGCAUUACUGACUGACUUUUGGCAGCUUGUGAGGGUCAAAGAUUUCGGCUCAAAUAUUAGUCUAAAAUAUCCGACCGAGCUCGCAAAGGUCGGCACCGAGGAGUUACCCCCAGUCAACGCUCUAUUUUUUGAGGAGUACUCAUGCGUUCCAGAGGACAUUUUCUUCGUUUGCCUCUGGUAUUUGGAACAGAUUUUUCUCACUGAAGUAGCGAAAAUGCUAUACGAAAACUGCCUAAUGUCAUCAUUGUUUUAUACUAUCUGUGGUUGCUUGGACAGUACUUGUACCAAACAAGGCUGUCCCAGAAUCCAUCUAGUUUUGAAUCACUCUUUUGCUGUUAUUCAGUCUAUUUCUAAGCUUACUUCUCUGUGAUAAUGAUGCAAAAAUAUAACGGACGUUUACUACAACAAAUCAGACUAUUUUUCAGCUAUCUUUGAAUUCUUAGAUCUACUUUAAGGCUCACCGAUGCAGACUGACUGCAAGGUGGACUACGGCGUGUGGUUUAAUCUUGGGACUUGGCGAGGGCGAAAUUCUCGCAAGAGGUGAUAAUCGUGUGGGUCGCGAGUUGCUUAAGUCAUGGUUCACGGGACUCCGGUCUAUCAACAAGUGCAACGACAUCCCUACUCUGUAUUCGGUGCUAAGGCAUAGUCUGCCCGAAGUAAUUAGCGACUAGAGGAGCGCUCAGGCCGAUGAGCCAGGUGACUGAACAAUCAUUACGCCAGCACCCAACACGGGUGAUGAGAUUUCAGUAAUUAACAACUUGCAUGCUGGCCAUCAAGCAAUUAGCGCAUCAGCGGCAACAAUCUCGGUGACGGGCAGAGCGAUAAAUUAUCACAAGUACGCAGUAGCAUAGCGACUGCAUCCUAUAAAUACCGCAACUUCCUAUACGCGAAUCACCCGUUUCUCUCACUGUCUCUGAUGAUGGGUCCGAGCGAGAAUCCGAAACGUCACGCGAAUAAAGUUCUUGUGUCAGCGAUAGCUUCUACUUGUGUCAGCGAUAGCUUCUACUUUUUAUCAGAUAUACGGAGCUCUAUCCACGCAAUCCUCCAGCGGUGGAGACCUAAUACAGGAAAUCCAAAAACACUCCCACAUCCUCGAAAAUUGUAUCGAGUUAGAUUUGAGUUGGCUUCCUUUUCGACCCCUUCAGGUGGCCAGCGGCACCGGAUGGCGGACAGCCACACUAAGCCCAUGAGGCUAACAAUACAGAACGUGCUCAAACCCACCUCGCACACCUUUCUAGGAUGGCCUAAGACAUCCCUGCGAUUCUGUCAGAGCGAACCGUACCCUUUUAGCGUUCAGCACAUUUGGAAGUUGUUGUUACUGUUUCCGUCCAUAUGAUUGUUGUUAGUGGGCAGUCAGAUAUUACUGCGCGUGCUCCGAGCCCACUUGGACAUGGAUCAGUAGACACAUGUCUAGAAGUGGAGUUCUAGUAGGCGACCAGAUGAUUAAAUGGUAGGCAAGCCGGCGUGGUCUGAUUCUAUAGACCAUCUAGGGCCAAUGUCACUGUCCAUUUAGUAGUUCCGGUUGGAAAUUCGCGGAUGCGAAGGUGAGAGUUCACUCGCGGAGCGCUACAAUGAUCAGGCCAAAUCCCGAGUUGUAAGGAGAAGACAGGAAGCACCAGAAUGAGGGGUUUAAUGGGUACAGAACCCGGAUUUGUCCUCCCAGGUGGCAGUGGCCUCUGGCGAAGUCAGGGCUGGUGUUGACUGCGUCCAGUCCUGCCUGAGGGUCUCUGGGAUAGUAGUGGCAGCCGCUUUCAUAGGCUCGUGGGCCAAACUCGAGUGGUCUCCAAUCGGUGUGUGUUGCAUUUGCCGAAGGGCGGUGUCCCAGUGGCUUAGGUUCUGGUUGCAGGUGGAGGGGGGAGGGAUGGAGGUACGUCCAAGUGACCGCAUAGGUAGCUGCGACUGUGUAGACGCAGGUAUGUCCGAGCUGAAGUCGGUCGAGUGGCUUCAGGUCAGCGUGUCUGGAACGGCCCGCUGCAAGGCAUGAAUGACCUUGAGACAGCGGGGCCCCGAACAAUGACGACAGACUGGCC